AUGCAAGAGUCGAGAGACCAAUACUUGUCGGCCACUUAUGGGGCGAAUGGUUUGGUUAAUGGUUUGGUGAACACAACAAUGGCUUCACAGCCGCAUCCAAACCACGCAAACCCUCCGCCACUAUCUCCUGGUCUUCAGGCUCUGUACGAGACCUGUUUGAGGGCAUACCCGACACAACCCAAUCCAUUGCAAGUCAACGCUCUCCUCAAGUUGGGCGGACCCGACCCUCUGGACUACAUCUCGAUGUACGCCAAUUGUGGUGACCCGUCGAUCAAUGUCCCGCCGCAUUGGCAUUACAUUAGCUUUGGAUUAAGUGAUCUUCACGGAGACGGAAGAGUUCACGAAAUAACCGGAUCUCAAACUCCGAGCGGUUUUGGGUUUGAGUUGACAUUUCGCCUGAAGAGGGAACCGGAAGAGACGACAGCGCCCUUAUGGCCGGCGGCUGUGAUGCAAGCGUUGGCCAAAUAUGUGUUUCAAUCGGAGAACCUGUUGUGCGGCGGCGAUCACGUCUCGUGGCACUGCUCUCUCGAUAACAGCGAAUCGCGAAUACAACACAUGCUUAUGACAGAAGACCCGCAAUUGGGACAGACUCUGACCCCAUUUGGUUCCGUCACUUUUAUCCAAAUAGUUGGCGUGUGUUUAGAGGAACUACAGGCCGCCCAACAGUGGAACGGACCCGGAGUUAUCGACUUAAUGAAGUCAGUGUCGGGUGCGGGCGGCCAGUGGUUAGUGACAGACAUGCGAAGAGGAGAGACCAUCUUUGAACUCGAGCCCGAACUCCAAGAAGCUGUCGACGACGGGAUCGCCACUCAGGGCUCGAACUUGAGUGGAGUGAGCGCUCGAUGCGAUUGGAGUGAAGACUCGGUCUCGAGUGACGACAAACACAGCGAACCCGAGAACGAAGACAACGGCAAUGACUCGGACUCUCAUAAUUCAGAUGAGAAGAUCACGAAUGGAGAGCAUAACAAACGGAAUGGAAUGCUUUCCAGCCCUCAUAAGUACUCCCAAAGCAGAAAUAGUUGCAGUUCUUCGAUGUCUGUCUCUCACGACCAACAAAACCAAUGCAAUUCGCGAAUGUCUUUUGCCAGCGAAACGGGUGCACCAGAACCGGGAGAACUGAUCCAAACUAAAUACUUAAAGUGCCUUAACUUACGCUUCAACUUAGAGGCCGGACUUUUGUUGCCAUUAGCUCUCCGUGGUCGACUUAAACACGACCGACACUUCACAUUCAAGAGCAUAAUCGGAGACUUAGCCAUAACUUUAGUGACGCCAUCGGUCUCGGGAUCGUUCGUCUCAUUGAGUGAAAGGUAUGCGAUUCGCGGGCCAUGGCUUCAAGUGCUCAUUCCUAACGAUUACAUCGAUCGCAUGCUAAUAGAUUUGGAUGAGUUGUCACUCAAUGAUACGACAGAUUUGCCGAAAACAUUUCACUGGAAAGACAUUAAACUUUCCAUCACUUUAGUGCCCGAAGAGACUUAAUAUUCUCAACUUAUUUACACAAAUAUUAUUAACUUUUAC